GACUCGCUUUGCGACUCGAAUUCACAUUGAGAAACUGUAUGUGAAAAAGAGAGAGAGGACGGAGUAAAACAGAGGUAGAGAGAGCGAGAAACUCAUCACCAGCUGAAGAUUUUUACCUUGUAGCCGUCAGCAUCUGAGCGCUAACUGCAAAGGAUUAUUCACAUUUCAGACAUUUAUUUCUACCUUAUGAGCAAAAUUUGAUUUUAAUCAAUUAAAACCGUUUAGGAUAGCACCGCAAGUCAAUUAACAGGCGAUAUUUUUGUAGACUUAUAAUAAUUUAAUAUUUUUUCCACAUUUUAAUCAAUAGAUUUGACAGAAACAAAUUUCCCUCUGAUUCUGAAGCUAGUCACAUUAGGAUUUUUUUAAAAAGAGAGAGGAAAAAAGACUUUUUCAAUUAAAAACCUUAACUUUAACAGUGACUUAAAUUUAGACAAAAUGUUUUUUUUAGCAGUCAAUAAAUGUAUCUCGAUGAGUUUUGCCCUGCAGUCAACUAAUUGAAAGUAAACUGUAAUAUUCUUCAUAAACAUCAAAGAUUUUAUCUGAUGAGAGGAACAGAGAACUAAACUAAACAGCACAUUUGGGUUUUAUAACUACAUAAGUAAUACAUUUUUUUGCGGUUUUUAGUAGUAGUAGUAGUAGUAGUAGUAGUAGUACUAUUAAGGCUACCGUCAGCAUAAUAUUGAUUAUUUUACUAUUAUUAGCCCAAUAUUCAUCACUACUUUAGUUUCAACCCAGAAACCUUUAAGCAGCAACACCAUGCUUUUUGAAAGCUUUGACCUGGUCUCGGCUCUGGCCACUCUUGCGGCUUGUUUGGUGUCAAUGGCUCUACUGCUGGCGGUGUCCCAGCAGCUGUGGCAGCUGCGAUGGACCGCCACCCGGGACAAGAGCUGCAAGUUGCCCAUGCCCAAGGGCUCAAUGGGAUUCCCCAUAAUCGGAGAGACUUGCCACUGGCUCUUCCAGGGUUCCGGGUUCCAUGCGUCCCGGCGGCAGAAGUAUGGGAACGUCUUCAAGACGCAUCUUUUGGGGCGGCCGCUGAUUCGGGUGACGGGAGCGGAUAACGUCCGAAAGGUGCUGAUGGGGGAGCACAGCCUGGUGACGGUGGAAUGGCCGAAGAGCACGGCCACACUGCUGGGCCCCAACAGCCUGGCCAACUCCAUCGGGGACAUUCACCGCAAGAGGAGGAAGGUCUUUGCCAAGGUGUUCAGCCAUGAGGCUCUGGAAAGCUACCUGCCCAAGAUCCAGCAGGUGAUCCAGGAGACGCUACGCGUGUGGAGCAGCAACCCGGAGCCCAUCAACGUUUACCGGGAGGCCCAGCGCCUCUCCUUCCACAUGGCCCUCCGUGUGCUGCUGGGUUUCCGCGUGUCUGAUGAGGAGAUGCGCAGCCUCUUCGAUACCUUCCAGGACUUUGUGGACAACCUCUUCUCGCUGCCUAUUGACUUACCCUUCACUGGUUACAGGAGGGGCAUCCGGGCUCGAGAUGCUCUGCAGAAGGCCAUCGAGAAGGCCAUCCGUGAGAAGCCACUGUGCAGCCAGGGCAAGGACUACACCGAUGCACUGGAUGUGCUGAUUGAGAGCAGCAAUGAGAAUGGGAUGGAACUCACCAUGCAGGAGCUUAAGGAGUCGACGAUCGAGCUGAUCUUCGCCGCCUUCGCCACCACCGCUAGCGCGAGCACGUCGCUCAUCAUGCAGCUGCUGCGCCACCCCCCGGUGCUGGAGAAGCUGCGCGAGGAACUGCGCAGCCGCGGCUUCCUGCACAACGGCUGCCUCUGUGAGGGGGCGCUGCGGCUUGACAGCGUCUGCAGCCUCAAGUACCUCGACUGUGUCAUCAAAGAGGUGCUGCGGCUCUUCGCGCCCGUUUCCGGGGGAUACCGCACCGCCAUGCAGACUUUCGAGCUUGACGGAGUGCAGAUUCCAAAGGGCUGGAGCGUGAUGUACAGCAUCCGUGACACCCACGACACCUCAGCCGUCUUCAAGGACGUGGAGAAGUUUGACCCCGAGCGCUUCAGUGAGGAGCGCGGUGAGGAUAAGGAGGGCCGCUUCCACUACCUGCCUUUUGGGGGCGGUGUUCGCACCUGCCUGGGCAAGCAGCUGGCCACGCUGUUCCUGCGCCUGCUGGCCAUCGAGUUGGCGGGUAGCAGUCGCUUCGAGCUGGCCACCCGGACUUUCCCCCGCAUCAUCACCGUGCCCGUCGUGCACCCCUCUGAUGGCCUGCGGGUCAAGUUCUUCGGCCUGGACUCCAACCAGAACGAGAUCAUAGCCAAGUCCGAUGAGAUUUUGGGCGCCGCCGUCUAAAUGGCCGGGAGAAGGAGGGAAGGUGGAGGACACAGGUAUCAUUAGAACCAUUUUCCGUAUUCCCGAAGUUAACCUCUGUGGACUUCAAGAAAAUUAUUAUUUUUUGCAUCAUUGGACAUUUCUGAGGAGGAGAACUUGAAGCUGCCAAAAAUGUAUAGUCUUUAUUCAUUUUCUAAAAAAAAAAACAUAAAAAAUAAACAACAUAUAUGUAAGAAUGAAAGUUAUCUAAUAACACAUAAUGCACAGUGUGGAGUCGGAAUCUCUGGUGGGGGGUCGGUGGAGUAAUGGGGACAGAUAAGUGAGGGUAAUCAGGGUAUAAAAAGGCGUAUGAAACAGUUAGGAAGGCACCUGCUUCACUGGGGCAGGUUGAAGGACGAUUCUUUGGAAGAAAAGGACUCUCUGAGCGAGGAGGACCUGGAGAAAGUUCCUCAUGUGCUGGAAGCCUGUCUCCAUAUAUUCAUUGCUGCCCCCAGCAGUCCAGACAAGGAAAAGACAGAAAGAUGAGGAGGCGAAUGAAGCUGGAUGGACAAUUAAAUAACAGAGUAUGAUAGUAAGGAGUCUGAGUGAAUUAGGUAGAUGUAUAGUGAUGCAGAUUAUUUCAAGGAAAGGAAUUAGUAACGUAGGAAAAGGAAGAUUACUGGAAGAGAACUGUGCGAAUCUCAGGUGUGAACAGAGCACAGGAGACUGAGGAACUCUUUCUGAUUGUAGCUGACCUGCACGUAGACUGGUAUUCGUCUUUUGGGAUCUGUAACCUGUGCUUUUUUUACAAUGAUGUCACAUUUUAGCUGGCUAGCGUUGAGUGUAUGUCUGCCUGUGUGUGUGUGUGCCUGCGUGCGUGCGAGGGAUUUUCUGGGCGCUGUGCUGCCGUUUGCCUUGAACUGUGUACCCAGCGAACAUAAUCAUCUGUGAUGGAAGAGGAUGGAACACAAGCGAGGAAGAGAAUGAAAACUGUCAUGGUGCAGGGGUGGAGAACAGGAAGAGGAGCUCACUGCUGGAGAGAACAAUCAUGUUUCAUAGAAAUUCCUAUGGCAGGACUUUCCAAGCUGGACAUUAUUAGAAAAAAAGCAUAACUUCAUAACAUGGAUGCAAAAUAAAAAUAGAAAUGCAUGAGGCCUCAGGGGAGAAACUUGGGAGGUGUAGGACCUGGGAGGACCAGGGAGGACCUGGGGGAACCUGGGAGAACCUGAGGGGAACUUGGAGGACCAGGGAGGAACUUGGGGGACCUGGGAGGACCUGGGGGGAACUUGGGGGACCUGGGAGGACCUGGGGGGAACUUGGGGGACCUGGGAAGACCUGGUCCUAUGUGGUUAUGGUCGGCUUUUUGAAGGAUUUUUUUUUGUAUUAUGUUUCUAACAGAUAAUGUUUAAAGGACAAACAUUAUGUCUGUGACAAACACCACUGAUAAUGUUUUUUUUUUUUUUUCAGAAAUAGUGAAAAAUUCUGCUGCUUUGUGUACAAUUCUCUAACUGAGAGUUCUAGAUUGCUGAGAUAGUUUGCAAGUGAGAAUUGCAAUUUGUAAGCAAAUACAGGCAUUUGUGAAAUACAAGAGGGAUCUGCCCAUGGUUCCAUUUUAGAAAGCCAUAGAGUAACGCAUUGCUACAUUGUCUAAUAUCCUAAUAUUAUUAUUGUUAUUAUUAUUAUUAAUAUUAUUAUUGUAUUAAAUAUUAUUUUAAGUGCUAUUUUGUUAUAUAUUUCAGAAUAGAGUUUUAGUAUGAAUAAAGUUUGUUGGUAAAUAUUGUUAUAUUUAGUAUGAUAUGAAUUUCCCUUUUAUUGUAAACAGUGUUUAAAUGUUAAUAUUGUUUUCUGUUAUUCCAAUAAUAAUUAUUAUUUUAUGAUUAUCAUUGCAUUCAUUUGAUAUUAAUUAAAAACAGAAGCACUUGGGGAGCUAUGUCAAUAUUUAGUGUUCUGUGACCAUGUUUUCUGUGCUUUGAACUGAGUGUCUGUCAGUCUGUCUGUACAUAAAAUCUUUUCAUUUUACAAAUCUGUAUUUCACAUAGUUUAAAUACUGUUUGAAUGUAUCCUUCUCUCUCUCUCUCUCUCUCUCUCUCUCUCUCUCUCUCUCCCUCUCUCUCUCUCCCUCUCUCUGUCUUUGGUACCGUGAUCUUAAAUGUACUUGGCAAUUUUAUAAACUUCUAUAAUAAAUGCUAAAGAAAAACA